GAAAUCAGUAAACAAAGGAUGGUUUCUUUUGUUCGUGGAGGCUGUGAGUGUUUUAAAUGCCUGACAUAAACAAAUAAAGGCUUCCCUGGAGUGGAGCGGAGCGGGCAGCGGAGCAAAUGGCGCCGGCGGUGCGCCCCUGGCGGCCGGGCGACGAGUCGGCGUGUCGCGCGCUGCUCUCCGAGGCAGCCAUGGCCACCGUGCACACUGCCUUCCUGUCGAGCCUCACCCGCGAGCUCACCUUCCAGCUGGUCGUGCUCACCGCCGCGCUCUUGUUCAUCUUCGUGGGCGUGCCGCUGGCCCGGUGCGCGCUGGCGGCGCCCCUCGUCGGCGCGGCGCUGUACGCCGGCGUGUGGCUGAGCCACGCCCAGCAGGCCGCGCGCGCCUCCCAGGGCCUCCACACGGCCCCACGCCGCGGCGGCUGCUGGGUGGCCGAGCUCCCGGGGCCGCUGCUGGGCCGGCCGCGCGUGGUGGGCGUCAUCGCCGUGACGCAGAGCCUGCGCGCCGAGGACCGCGCGUGGGUGCCGCGCCUGGCCGUGGCGCGUGCCUACCGCCGGCGCGGUGUUGCCUCUGCGCUGCUGGACCGCGCGCUCGCCUUCUGCCGUGACCAGGGCUAUGUGGCCGCGGAUCUGGUCAUCUCCGAGUACCACGACGCCGCGCGCCGGCUCUUCCACGAGAAGGGCUUCUCGCUGCGGCAGGUGUACCACCGGCCCGUCCUCGGCUCGCUGGUCACCGUCUGCCUGUACCAGCUGUGCUUCGAGAUCAGGGCCGGCCGCUUGAGCGCUGAUCCGUGAUCGCGCGGUGGGCGGUACCCCCACCACAGACUCUGACCAACCCUCUUCCUCCCUUGCCAGUUUCACCUUCAUUUAGGAUUUAUACAGAGCUCAACAGCUCUUAAGCAUCAUUUAAUAACAAAUUGCACAUCUAAAUUUCACAGCUAGGUAUACAAUUUCAUAUAACAGAAUUAACCUAACCUAAUAUUAACAUAUGAUGUUCUUUAAAAAAAAAAACCUGUUUGUAAAAUUUAAUAUAAUGAGUGUUAAUAUAAUGGUUUAUGAUAUUUAUUAACUAUAUUUGUUUGCAAACUUAAUAUGACCCAAACGAACAAAAUAGAAUGGCUACUGUUUGUAAAUGAAUUUAUAACAAUUUUUAAUAAAGUUAAACCUUGCUAACUACCUCAAAUUAGGGAAACACAAGUAAUAUGUGGUGAAGUGAAAAAGCUUAACAGUUGUUCAAAAAGAUAAGGUAACUUUAAACUACAUACCCUUAGUUAAACAACUGUGUGGUGAAAUUGGCCUUAAUAUGAGUACAAAAAUAAUCUAGAAAAUGUGUUUUAUAUAACUUUAUACUGGCGUUGCAAACGAUGCCAGCAAAAUUAUGGGAUGAAAAUUAUUUAAAGGAAAAAAAAACAUUUAUCUUAAAAUUACUAUGUAAGAAUUAAUGAAGUUAUUUUAACAAUUUUUCAUCAAUACUUAUUUUUAUAUGUUCCAGCAGACACACAAUUUUCCUUGGAAUCAACACCAUUCUCAAGUAAUUUUUGUAAAAUCUCGCGGGACUAAAAUACUUAUUUUGCAACAAAAUUUAAAAAUAUUUCAACAUUUAUUAUGACAUUUUAAAUUUGGCUAACCAUAACUAUCCAAACCUUAUACUUUUGGUAUGGUGACCUCUACCUAAUAGCCUUCACAUUAAAACCUAGACGUUUUGAAAAAAAUAAUAUAAAAACCAAGCAAUAUCUCACAAUCAUUUAUUAGUCAUUACCUAACACUGCAGAAAUACUUACUUGACUAUGCUAAACAUAAAUGCAAUUAAAAAAAGUAAUGUUUACAGUCUAAUUUCCUGAAGGAAACAAAAAACCUCAGAGGUUGCUGUGCUGUCUCUCUAUUACCUUUGCUCCUGCCCCUAGCAGUCUCAACAAACCUUUUUUCUUGAGGAUUUCUUCAGCUCUUGUGAUUAGAAUAUUGUAGAUCUGUGCACUCGUAAAUUGGUCUGGAGACUGGAAGCACUUCGAAUAGGAAACUAUAUUUCAGUUAGGGGAUUGCUGUGGACAAGAGCGGCAGUCGGAAGCACUCGGCUGUUAGUCAUGUGCAAUCACAAAUCUUAAGAACUUAAGUGUGGGGAGGGGGUGGGGUUAAAAUGACCAACCAUAAAUAAAAAUUGGUUCACCCUUUUUUUUAUAUUAAUGAAAUAUUUUAUUUCCUCUCGUAUAUCUUGUUAUUUUGUAUGGGAUUAUAUCCACAUUCCAUACAUAAUUAUUGGCUGUGUGGUGUAAAUACCAAGCCUACAGAAGUGUUUUACAAGUAUUUUGUUACUCUGUGACAAAGUGUUAGUGUGACUUGGUACGUUCAGGUGAGAGUUUUUCUAUACAUUAAUGUUCAGUGAAAUCUAUAUGUGAACUGUGGUGUGUAUUUACUUGUAUGUAGGUCCAGAAGACAAACUGACUUAUGUAUUGUAUGGGCCUGCCUACGAUUGUCAUCAGCAAUGCAUAAUUGAACUACUUGUAUAUCAUUGACUGACCAAUAUAUUUUUGUAUCCAGUUGGAGUAAAGUCUUCUUUUUAGACUAGCUAAAUCUAUGACUGAAUGCAUCAGUGCACCUUGUAUUCAUCUUGAGGCACUACAAUCCCUGGAUGAAGUCUGCCUGGGCUGCUUCGAGACGGACAGAAGUGGCAGAACACUCGGGUUGGCAGUAUUACCUCUAGAGUGAUUUACGAGCUGUGCACAUCAGAUUUUGUAUUUUGAGAAUAAAAAAAAUUGUUUAUGCUGGUU